AGAGCGCCGCGGCCAUGGGCAUCCGAGGCAUGCUGCGGGCCGCCGUGCUCCUGCUGCUCAUUAGGACCUGGCUCGCGGAGGGAAACUACCCCACUCCCACUCCCCUCCCAAAAUUCCACUUCGAGUUCCCCUCCGCGGUGCCCGACGUUGUUCGGAACCUCUUCAACUGCAAAAAUUGUGCAAAUGAAUCUGUGGUUCAAAAGAUUCUGGACAGGGUGCUGUCGGGUUAUGAUGUCCGUCUGAGACCGAAUUUUGGAGGUGCCCCUGUGCCUGUAAGAAUAUCCAUGUAUGUCUCCCACAUUGAACAGAUAUCAGAAAUUGAUAUGGACUAUACAAUCACCAUGUUUUUUCAUCAGACCUGGAAAGAUCCACGCUUAGCAUACUAUGAGACCGACCUGAACCUGACCCUGGACUAUCGGAUGCAUGAGAAGCUGUGGGUCCCUGACUGCUACUUUCUGAAUAGCAAGGAUGCUUUUGUGCAUGAUGUGACUGUGGAAAACCGUGUGUUUCAGCUUCACCCAGAUGGAACGGUGCGGUAUGGCAUCCGACUCACUGCCACAGCAGCUUGUACCCUGGAUCUGCGAAAAUUCCCUCUGGAUAAGCAGACCUGCAAGCUGGAGGUGGAGAGCUAUGGCUACACUGUUGAAGAUAUCCUGUUAUCCUGGGAGGACAAUGACAGUGCCAUCCACAUGACUGAGGAGCUGCAUAUCCCUCAGUUUACUUUCCUAGGGAGGACAAUUACUAGCAAGGAGGUGUAUUUCUACACAGGUUCCUACAUGCGUCUGAUACUCAAGUUCCAGAUCCAGAGGGAUGUCAACAGCUACCUGGUGCAGGUCUAUUGGCCUACUGUCCUCACCACUAUUCUUUCCUGGAUUUCGUUUUGGAUGAACUAUGAUUCCUCUGCAGCCAGGGUGACAAUUGGCCUAACUUCGAUGCUCAUCCUGACCACAAUUGACUCACAUCUGCGGGAUAAACUCCCUCACAUUUCCUAUGUCAAGGCCAUCGACAUCUAUAUCCUCGUGUGCUUGUUCUUCGUGUUCCUGUCCCUGCUGGAGUAUGUCUACAUCAACUAUCUUUUCUUCAGCCGAGGACCUCGGCACCAUCGUAGACGACGAAGGAGGCCACGAAGAGUCAUUGCCCACUACCGGUACCAGGAAGUGGUGGUGGGAAACGUGCAGGAUGGCCUGUUUAACGUAGAAGACGGAGUCAGCUCUCUUCCCAUCACCCCAGCGCAGGCCCCCUUGGCAAGCCUGGAAAGCCUCGGUUCUUUGAUGUCCACCUCCGAGCAGGCCCAGCUGGCCACCUCGGAAAGCCUCAGCCCACUCCCUUCUCUCUCAGGCCAGUCCCAGCUGGCCACUGGAGAAAGCCUGGGUGAUCUCCCUUCCACCUCAGAGCAGGCCCAGCUCAGCCAUGGUGUUCUAUUUCAUGGUUUCCGGGAUGAUGACAGUAUUAUUCCUACUGAGAUCCGCAACCGUGCUGAGGUCCAUGGGCAUGCUGAGACCGAAGAUUCUGAAGACUCCGAUGACUCUGAUGACUCUGAUGAAAGCUUGAGCUCGGAUGAGAGCCAUGGCCAUGGCCAAGGCCCUAGUGGGAGGCCAGUGUUUCACCGUGGCCAGGGGUGUGUGCAAGAAGGAAACCGUGACCUUGAUGACAUCCAUAGCUUACCUGAUGACGUCAAUGUUGAGAGCAGCUGCCUUGGCCUUAAGGAGAAUAUCAGGUGUGAUACUGAUAGCAUCUGGAGCCUGGAUGAUGAUGAGCUCAUGGCCGGUGGCCAGGAGAAGGAUAGUAGCUCAGAGUCUGAGGAUAGUCCUCCCCCGAGCCCUGGGUGUGCCUUCACUGAAGUAUUUUCCCUCCGUGUCUUUAACCCCGACUACGUCCCUAGGGUUGACAAGUGGUCCCGAUUCCUCUUCCCUCUUGCCUUUGGGCUGUUCAAUAUUGCUUACUGGGUAUACCAUAUCUAUUAGUUCUCGGACACCCAGAGCGGCAGGGUCACCAUGCCGUGCUCCUUUACAAUUUCUUUUGGUUUUGUUUUCCUUUGUUGCCCUUUUUCCUU